CUCCAGCUUCCCACACACAUUUGCGCUUCCACACAAUCCCGUCGUCUACAACUGAAUGGCACGUCCACCACCACCACGAUGGCCUGGGGUCUGAGGUCUCGCCGGUCCCCGUCUUCUGCCUCUCUUUUUGCUUGCUCUCUCCACAUUUCGCCGCCUGCAUCCCGUCCUGUCCCCAUCCCCAUCCAUCCCCAUCCUUCUCACGGUACCUCAGCUACCUGCUGCCAUGUACUUCACUUUUGUCCUUCCUCUUCCAUCGCUUCCACUGCUGUGAUCUGAUUGUCCUCGGAUCCCCGUUCCUCUCUCCAUUCUUUUUUUUUUUCUACACACCCACACUGCCUCCUCUUCUUCCGUCCCAUCCUCUUCCUCUCUUUCCUUCCUCACUACUCUCACUUAUAUCUACCUCGACCCUCUUCCACCAACACCAUCCUUCCUGAUCACGAGGCUCCUCCAAACGAUAUAAGACCUUCCUCCAUCCUCUUCCUCCUCGUCGUCUAUCAACCAUCCUUACUCUGGCUUAUACCAAACCAACCUUGGCGCCAGCUUAUACCAUCACUUACUCACCUUACCUCGUAGGACGUUCCAAGUCCUCAUCUCCCAAUCACGACAUCACAUCCUCCCUCUUCUGGCCAACUACAUCGAUACCCUCCGGCCAAUUCCUUCUUCUAGACGCUGCCGUCUACUACACGUAAAAUCACUAGCACCGCGCGUCUGAUCUGACCAGUGUCGGAUCACCUGCGACUUACACGCCCUCGCCUUACACAUUUACCGAGUGCUAAACAGAUACCACCACCCAUCAUGCCGUCUUUCGAUCGCUACUACGCCUCGUCGCCCGUCGUCGCCAUGCCAGCACAGGUUGCCCACAACUUUUCGUUUGGAAAGUCCUACCUGGACCAACAAGCCUCGCUCAGCCAGCACGUCUCAUGGCCGCAACUCCUCCGCAACUGCUCCGCGGCCGGCCGCAAACGCUCGCGCGAUGAAGCCGCCGUCAACCUCGAUCCUCCCGAGAAGAUUGCUGAGCCCGUCAUCCAGGAGUCGGAAGACGAAUGGGUCUACGGCCCUGGAAUGACUCUCAUCAGAAAGACUGGCGGAUAUGUCGCAGAUGCCAGCAGCCAAUCCGGCACCUGGGUCGAUGAGAAGGCUGCCGCCGAAACAGCACGCAAGUCGGAAGAGGCUCUCAGCCUGCAGCAACAAAUGUCCCAAGAUAGACCAUCCUUGCGCAGCCACAAAUCGCAACGGCUCGAUGUUCGCUCCUCCAACAGCAAUCCCACCAGUCGCGGCGGCAGCCCCUUGCGCGACACAAGCAACCCAAUGACCGCCUCAUCGGAUUCGUUGGCUGGCCCAAUCGUUGACGACUUCACCGUUCACCUCGGCAUCGGGUGGGCCCGAAUUGGCGAGAACAUCCAAGUCGCAGCUCGUGGUUGGGCGCGCUACAUUGAAAACCACUACCCCGUCACCAAUGCCAAGAUCCUAUUGGAAAGUCGUGGCCUGCAGGCGUACCUGGUUGAGGCUACCGAAGGGUACUUUUUAUUCGCCGAGAACCUUCGUCAAGGACGACUUGUCAGCAAGACUGCCGACGGCAUGCUGCAAAAUCUCAAGGGAACACCGCCUGUUUUUGAUGGCCCUGUCACCAUGGAUGCGUCUGAAACAACCAGGCCCUCCAAUGCUGGCCCAUCCAUCUUUGAUGCUGCCAGCGAGAUGGACAUGAGCUAGAGCGUCGCAUCAAACAAAGCGUUCUUCUUUCAAUUUUGAACUCGGGGUGUUCUUUUGUGGUUGGUUGGCGUUAAAGGGGACUGGGCGACAUGCGUUACGGGCGUUGAUUGGCGAACGACAAAAGAGGUCACGAAUGGCCACAGUGUGGCUUAACGACUCUGCCAGCGAUUCGAUUUUUCCUGCGAAUCUUUUGAUCAACAUCUUUCAUCAGAACUGACUUUCAAUGGCUUUAUUUAUCAUUUACGCAAACAGUUUACGAGGUUUCUUUUUUUUCUUUCAAUAAUGUGUCUCCGGUUCAACUCUUUUUCUGAUUUCCGACAAACGAUUCGGCGGUAAAUUCGGGGUACUUUCUGGGGGUUACAAUGGGACGAGCGGGCGACAUAAGCGAACGUCAACGCCAAUGCAAAGUGUAUCGAUCUGUAAGAAUAGAAGUUUAAAACAAAUGAAGUCAUGAUCAAGCAAGCAAACAAGUAAGGUCGUCGUGAUUG